AUGGGUUUCAAAGAACGUUUUCCAUUACCAAUUCCAAUUAUUUUAAUCAUAGCACAAGUAGGUCUAACAGCAGCCAUUGUGGGAAUCGAAAUUCGAAGUAUUUACAUUGAUCUUGUACAUGGAACAAUAUGGGCUGGAUUCUGGUGUGGAAUUAUUUUUGUCAAGACAUUUUUAGCUAUGUCAUGUUUUGUUUGUUGUGGUCGUGGUCGAUGUUGUGCUACCUAUUGUCUCAUUCUCAAUUGUAUAAGUGGUAUAUUAGCUUGUGUUCUAAUUUAUUUUGAUCAAUUUUUAAUGAAUAAUUUAUGUAAAUGUUAUUUGGGUCCACAAAUAUGUUGUACUAUUACCGGUAUUGGAAGUUUCAAUUCACAAUUGGGUCAAACAGCAGUUAAUUGUACUCAACAAUCUAUACAGGGUGUAUAUAUUAAUCAAUGUCCCGUUUAUCCAUCACAAAAAUAUCAACUAUUACAGGCACAACUCGGAUGUAGUGUUGGCAUCUUAAUUACGUGUAUUGUCUAUAUUUUAACUUAUAUAUUUGCCACUUUGGGCAUUUGUUUUGGACAUUAA